AUGGCGGCGAUAGUAUCUCCUAGGAUAAGACUGAUUUUGUCAAAUGAGAUCCCUGACUACGAUCUAAGAUCUACUUUCGCUCUAGACAAAAAACUCCUACUAUUCGCUGGGUUUUACCCCCAAAGAACCACAAAAAAUCGCCUUUUAUAUUUUUUCAGAGCCGCCAUAAACGUAUUCUUUUCACUCGCUCAACUCCUGUCAAUGACCAUACAAAUGAUAAUCGAGAGAAACGACGUUUCGAAACUAUCAGAGUCCCUUCAGUACUUCACGACACUCGUCACUUUUGUGUGGAAAUUAAUCUAUUUCGAUAUCUACAAGAAAACUUUGCUGGAAAUCGAAGAUGUGUUAAGUGCCUCAAUUUUCUACGGGUACUCGAACCAGCAGUUAAAGUUACUUAAAGACAAGGUAGCUUCUGGACAGGUUGCUGGAACUACGUUCAGAGUUUUAUCUGUGGCGGCUGUCGCGUUUUGGGGGCUGCCACCAUUUUUGGACAGCCAGAAGUCAAAAAGUUUACCCAUUCCGGGGUGGUUUCCGUAUAACGUAACACAGUAUUACUAUCCGACUUUUGCUUUUCAAAUUUUGGGUAUUGCGAAUACGGCCUACACUGAUUGUUCGAUUGAUAUUUUGUCUUGGGUGUUGAUAAGUAUAGCUUCGGGUCAGCUGGAGAUUUUGAAAGAGACUUUGAAGAAUAUCAACUACGAGGAAGGAGACUUGAAGACAGUGGAAGAGAAAUUGAAGAAAGGUGUGAGACAUCAUUUGGAAAUUGUCAAUUUAGUGUCCAAAAUCGAGAAGAUGUUUUCCAAGGGGAUAUUUUUGCAGUUUUUUGCGAGUGUUAUCGUCAUUUGCUUCACUGGUUUUUUGAUGAUGAUUCUGCCUGUUGUCAGUAUGCAGUUUGCUCUGACUUUUACUUAUUUCGUCUGUAUGAUGUGUCAAGUCGCAAUGUAUUGUUGGUACGGCCACGAUGUCAUGACAACUAGUAGUACAAUUGGAGACUCUUUAUACAUGUCAAAUUGGUACGAAUCUGACUUGAGGAUUCGUAAAACUAUCUUCAUUUUUUUGGAAAAAACUAAAAAACCUGUUACUUUGACUGCUGGUGGAUUUGUAACGUUGUCUUUGACUACACUAACUACUAUUUUGAGAUCGUCUUAUUCGUAUUUUGCAGUUUUACAACGUAUGUACAACGAUGAGUGA